AUGCCUGAAGUGGACAAAAGAUGGGGUAAAGAGGAAUCCGUUGCUGAGAUCACUCGUUCCUUCUCAACUCUCGAGCUCGUCGCGAAGAAUCCAUCAAUGAUGGCCAAGAUUCACAUUCCUGACUCUGUCGGGACCGAGUUUGAGCUGAGAGAACCUGAAAAGACACGACGUCGAAGGCAAGUCGACUCGCCAUCGACUGUCCCGACAUCGGUCACAUCAUCAGGCGCCGAGCAGCCAAGCCUGGGUCAGAACCCAUUCGGACCAUACUCAUGGCCUAUGUAUUCUGGUCAAUGUUUCUUGUGUCCUGCUGGUGUUCCUGGACGAAUAGGUCCCCCAGGACCACAAGGGGUUGCCGGAAGGGAUGGCAGAGACGGACGGGAUGCGUCGACGAUUCCACAAGGUAGACCUAUAACAACAUACAUCUGACACGAUAUGGCACG